UAGUAGGUUGUCUCGUUAGCUUCGGCUGCCGGUUAUUACAUCGCUGUCCUCUGACUGGGAGAUAAAACACAGAACUCUCCCAGCCUUAGCAUCAAUACCCUUCAUCUCACAAUCCUCUUCUCUCUUUCUUCUCUCUCCCUCUCUCUAUCGUUCUCGCAGCAUGGGCAGUGUAUUGGCUGCCAGCUCCCCCACCCCGCCUCCUGCCGUGGGUGGCAGUACCCCAGGAGGGCCAGGGUUGGUAUCGGUACCACCUGGGUUCACUAUGCCACCAGUCUCUCCCAUCUCCCCUUCCUCCCCCACCGGUAGUGCUCCAGGCCAACAGGGGGAGACGGAGAGCUCACUCCCUAAUCCUGGCACCUUUGAGGAGUGUCACCGGAAGUGCAAAGAGGUCUUCCCAAUGCAGAUGGAAGGAGUGCGGCUGGUGGUAAACAAAGGCCUGAGCAAUCACUUCCAGGUGAAUCACACGGUCAACCUCAGCACCAUGGGAGAUUCCAGCUACAGGUUUGGGGCUACCUACGUGGGCUCCAAGCAGACCGGACCUGCUGAGUCAUUCCCGGUCAUGGUUGGUGACAUGGACAACAGUGGCAGUCUGAAUGCCCAGGUCAUUCACCAACUCACCAGCAGGGUGCGCUCCAAGCUGGCCUUUCAGACGCAGCAGCAGAAGUUUGUGAACUGGCAGUGUGACGGGGAAUUCCGGGGAGAAGAUUUCACUGCCACCGUCACCCUAGGGAACCCAGAUGUUCUUGUCGGCUCCGGCAUCGUCGUGGCACACUACCUCCAGUCCGUCACCCCCUCCCUGGCUCUCGGAGGGGAGCUGGUGUACCAUCGCAGGCCUGGGGAGGAGGGCACGGUCAUGUCCCUGGCAGGCAGAUAUACAGGCACGAAUUACGUCGCCACGUUGACUGUUGGAGGAGCAGGGGCACAUGCUUCGUACUACCACAAAGCCAACGAGCAGCUGCAGGUGGGGGUAGAGUUUGAGGCCAGCACCCGGAUGCAGGACACCAGCGUUUCGUUUGGGUAUCAGCUGGACGUCCCCAAAGCAAACCUGCUCUUCAAAGGGUCCUUGGACAGUAACUGGGUGGUGGGGGCCACUCUGGAGAAGAAGCUCAUCCCUCUGCCCCUCUCCCUGGCCCUGGGGGCCUUCCUCAACCACCGCAAGAACAAGUUCCAGUGUGGCUUCGGCAUCACCAUCGGAUAAACCGCACCGCCAGGCUCCCUGGAGCAACCGACGGUGGGAGACGCGACAGACUUUACAGACUGGAGCCCGGAGCCUGGAGACAGACAGCUCACCAUACUGUACAGACAUGAACGCAGACACGGUCCUUAGGAAAACUAUCCAAUUGCGGGUUUUUUUUGUCUGUUUUUUUUUUUUUUUUUUUUUAAGUUGUCUUUUUGUACUGUUGCAGGCUGUCAGUCGGGACAAGAAUGAAGGAGUCUGUGUUAACACUGAUCACGGGGUCGCAAGGGUUGGAGAUACUGUAGAAUGUUUUCAAUCUGUGUUUUGUUUUUCUCCUUAUUAAUUUUCCAAAUGGUACAUACACUCACUGAGCACUUUAUUGGGAAUACCUGUACACCUACUUAUUCAUGCGGUUGUCUUAUCAGCCGAUCGUGUGGCAGCAGUGCAAUGCAUAAAAUCAUGCAGAUACUGGUCGGGAGCUUCAGUUAAUAUUCAAAUCUACCAUGAGAAUGGGGGACAUAAAAUGUGAUCCAAGUGACUUUGACCGUGGAAUGGUUGUUGGUGCCAGACAGGGUGGUUUGAGUAUCUCAAACUGAUGAUCUCCUGGGAUUUUCACCCACCACAGUCUCUAGAGUUUGCAGAGAAUGGUGCAAAAAAACAGCCAGUGAGCAGCAGUUCUCCGCGCUGUAACCCCGUGUUAAUGAGAGGUCCAAGGAAACUGGUCAAAGCUGACUGUAAUGUAAAUUACACAUUACAACAGUGGUAUGCAGAAGAGCAUCACUGAACACACAACAUGACAAACCUCUUAAGUGGAUAGGCUAAAACAGCAGAAGUCUAAUACCUUAUAGAGUGCUCACUGAGUGUAUAUAUGACCGUAUAUAUUGCCUGUAUAUAUCUAUUAAAAAGAUAAAUGACAUUUCUUACAAAAUCA